AUGCUCUACACGCGCCCCGACCCGCAGCAUCCGAUACGGAGACCGACGAGCGUGAACAUCAGGGUUACGUUCGCAAAACAGGUCCAGAAAACAUACCUGGAAAUCAUCUACAACGGCCGCGGGGCUGCAGAUCUCCUUAGUGGUCGUCCAUUCGAGCACGAGGAGGCGACCACUGCGCUGAAUGCGCUGAAUGUUAUCUUCCAGCAGGCUCCAUCUACCGCCGGAAGCGUACGGGAUGGGCGCAGACUGUUCCCACGCGCCGCGCAGCACUCCCGUCCCAUAGGCCCAUUUCAUAUGGUCCAGGGCUAUUUCCAGAGUGUUCGUCCCAUCCCGAGGGCCCUGAUGGUUAAUGUUGAUGUGGUCACGGGAUUGCAGAUCAGGGUGUCUGAUCUGACCACGUUUGCUGCCGAAUAUCUUGAAGUUACACUUCAAAGGCUCAGGGAUAUAAGUGGACAAGACUUACAGAAGCUCCGAUAUGCCCUCAAAGGUCUUCGGAUUGAGACUACUAAUGGUAGCCGCCCGAAAAGAUAUGUUAUAUCAGACCUUGUCCGGCAGGCUGGCAGAUACCAGUUUGACAAGGGCGCUACCAAGUUGACGGUUGCCGAGCACUACCUGCAGGCCUAUCAGAUCCGACUCCGUUAUCCAGACAUGGUUGGCGUCAAAAUACGGCACAGAGGAGACCACGAUACCAUCCUGCCGUUUGAGGUCUGUAAGCUGGUCAUACCACAAGUUUACAAGAAGCAACCGCCACCGCGAAUGCAAGCCGAAAUUGUCCGAUAUGCGGUGAAGGACCCUCUUGACCGGAUGCAAGCAAUUCGGGAUGCGCGAAAUGCAUUGGCAUAUGAUGCAUCCGUGGCGCUGGCUGGCGCUGGCCUUUCCGUGGCUGGCGAUUUACAGAGGUUGCGCGGGCGACUGCUGUUUGCGCCCGACUUGGAAUUUGGUAAUCAAGCAAAGUUGACUUUUAGGCCUCAAGAGACGGGGGUCUGGAAUGUCACGAAAUACCAAUUCGCAGUCCCAAUGGCUAUCAAGACCUGGGUGAUCAUUAAUCUCUCAUCACUCCAGGAUGCAGUGGUGCAUGCUCUGGGACAGGAGUUGCGCAAUGCAAUGAAUGCAAGAGGCAUGUAUGUUCAACAACCUCCUCUACUUGAUCGUAUGGCUAGUCCAGACUCCGAAACAAUGAAACGUGCUUUCUUGAGCCGGCCAAAGCCCGACCUCGCCAUAUUCAUCUUACCGCGGAAUAGCCCGGACUUAUACCGGCUAGUGAAAAGAUUGGGUGAUAUUGAUCUUGGUCUGGUAACCCAGUGUGUGACUGAGGGCAAGAGCUACAAUAAUCAGUAUUGCAACAAUCUAGCCCUCAAGAUCAAUGUCAAACUGGGCGGAGUCAAUAGCUUUGUCCGAAGUCCCAUUAUGAAUAACUUGAAGGACAUCCGAGUUAUGGCACUAGGUGCUGAUGUCAGUCAUCCGACUGAUUUGUCCCAGCCCUCUGUUGCCUCAUUAGUUUCUUCGUGGGAUGACCACUGCAGCAAGUACGUCGCUUCUAUAAGUAUACAGCGUCCACGACAGGAAGUCAUAGAAAAUAUGCAAUCGAUGGUCGAGCGGGCGCUACGAUGCUACCAGGAGAAUCACGGAAAACAGCUCCCUCGACUGCUUUUGUUCUAUCGCGACGGGGUCUCUGAAGGGGAGUAUCGCACUCUGGCUCUCACGGAGGUCAAUGCAAUCAAGGCUGCAUGUCAUAAGGUCUGCGAAGAGGCCCGGACUCGGGAUAUCCCCCACCUUGCUUUCGUGAUUGUUGGAAAACGACAUCACAUACGGUUCUUCCCCGGUAAUGAGGGCGCAGCCGAUCGUACUCGAAACUGCCGAUCAGGCCUAGUGGUGGAUAAGGAGAUAUCCCACCCGACUGAGUUCAACUAUUAUCUGCAAAGCCAACCUGGGCUAAAAGGCACAAGCCGGCCGAGCCACUAUGUCGUGAUAAUCAACAGCAAGCGAUUGUCCCCCGAUAUACUGCAACAACUGUCAUACGGACUCUGCUUUGCUUAUGCGCGUGCCACUCGCGCUGUGUCUAUUCCCGCUCCGGUUUAUUAUGCCGAUCUCGUGUGCCGCCGGGCUCGAUUCCACUUUGAUGAUCGUGUCAGCUUACACGCGGAUUAUGGUUCCGACACCUCCGGGCCGUUCGAUCUUCACUUUUGGCAACAGCAUUUUACGCCGGCCAACGGCAACAUGGCGAACACAAUGUACUUUGUCUAGGGAACCGCGAGAUAAACCGAAUGUUCGACUGCCACGGUAUGCAUGGAAUGGAGGCAUGAAGGCGU